AUGGUGGUGGUGGGGUGUGGGGUGGAAGGAGGAGGAGGAGCAUACACCGCGAUCACCGCGGGGGGUCCGGCGAUGGCGGAGGCGGCGGCGGGGAAGCAGGACGAGGACGAGGAGGCCGACGGUCUGGCGGAGGAGGACAAGGAGGAGGACAAGGAGGCGCAGGGACCGGCGGCGGCGGAAGAGGACGAGGACGACGACGAGGAGGCGGAGGGUCCGGCGGCGCCUUGGAGGGCUCGGAGUUGCGCCCUCAUGGCCGCGACUUCGGCCCGGAGGGCUCGGAUCUCCCUUUCACCGGCAAGUUGA